CUUUCAACGUUCAUUCUUUCGAUACCACAUUCACUCUUUACAUUCAUUCAACGUGAUCCGGGAUCACUUUCAACCACAAUCACUGUACAGAUCAGCACAUCCACAGCUCUUUCAAACGUCAAGAUGUUCUCCAAGGCACUCCUUACCACCGCUCUCAUCUCUGCCGUCUCGGCUCAUCAGAACUUCCACCAGAUUUGGAUCAACGAUGUGACUGCUGGCAACCAGGCCGGCAUCCGGAUGCCACCAAGCAACAGCCCGGUGGUUGAUGUGACGAGCAACGACAUGGCCUGCAAUGUUCCGUCCACCAACGGGGCUGCUGUCAAGACCCUCGAUGCCAGCGCUGGUGACGCCAUCAAGGUCCAGUGGGACCAGUCCGGCCACCCAGGUCCCAUCACACACUACCUCAAGGCAGUCGACGAUGCUGCGACUGCUACUGGUGAAGGCGAUGGCUGGUUCAAGAUCGAUGAGCUUGAUUAUGCCAGCGGAAAGUGGGCCAGCGAGGUUAUGGGCGCGAACAACAUGACCCAUGAAUUCAAGCUGCCUACUGGCCUUGCCAGCGGACAGUACCUACUCCGCUCCGAGAUGCUUGCCCUGCAUUCCUCCCAGACCCUCGGCGGUGGUCAGUUUUACAUUGGCUGCGCACAGCUCAAGGUCGCUGGCACAGGCAGCGGUUCCUGCGGCCCUACCAUCUCGAUUCCUGGCGCGUACAAGAAGGACGAUGCCAACAUCUACAUCCCCAACUACUACAACGGCUACGACGCUACCACCUACAAGGCGCCUGGUGGACCCGUUGCGUCUUGCGGUGCUGGAUCUGGCGGUUCUGCUCCUACUACCCCUUCCGCCCCUAAGCCUUCCAACUCGACUGUUCCCGCUGUGCCUUCAGUCAGUGCCAGCCCGUCUGCUGUCCCCAGCCCGGCCGCAUCUGCUGUCGCCGAGGCCACACCUUCUCCCGUCGCUUCUUCGAGCCCUGCUCCUUCAUCCGGCGCUGGUAACAAUGGCGCUCUGCCUGCUACUUUCUCCCUCGACACCUUCAUUGCUUGGCUUGAGGGUAAGGCUGGCUCUUCUACCAAGGCGCGCCGCCAUGCUCGUGCUUUCUAAGCGUUGCGGAGGGAUCGACCGGAUGAUGUAGGCUAUUCUGUCUGACGUUCUUGUACAUAUACCUUUUACCUUCUUCAAUACACCCAUUACUUGCUCAUCUCAAA